AUGGGGCUCUCGGCGUCUCGACGAGCUCCGGAUGCGGCGCCGACGGAGUGCGCGAACGCGGACGAGGCGGAGGCGUUUGCACGGCGCGUUAGAUCGUCCUACGGUGUCGGGCCGAACGUGCGAGUUUCAGGAACAUGUGUGCUCGACGUGGAUGCGCGAAACAUCUUGACUUUCGAGCAGGGUCGAUGGGAGUUGUUCGAGAAAGAUGCGCGCGCGGCGUUCGGGAAAGACGAGGGCGAGCGCAUCGCGCGUCUCGUGGACGCGCGCGGGGCGGUUUCGGCGGCUUUUGGAAUACGGCGGAACGUGGUGAACCUGAAGAAGGUGUUGCUUCAGUCGCAAUACGAGAUUGAGGGUCUGGAGCUUCGUCUGCGUCAAUUGUCGACAUUUUAUCGAGGUGACUUUGGCAAGCACGCGGGCUAUCGGAACGCCUCCAGAUUUCGAGAAAUCGUCACUGCGCAUGGUAGGUGUCGAGGGGCAGCCAAAGCGAUUUUCGACGGGCGCGUGUUCACGAAACAGAUUUGCUGCGUGCCAAGAUUUCCUAAAUCGCUUAGACCGAGGCGUUUGGCGUCGAUGCCCCGGUCUUUGGUCUCGUAUGGCUUCGUCGAAAAGGCACUCGAGCGCUCGGCGGGCGAGAAUUUCACCGACAAGAUUGAACGCGGUGUGACGAUCGGCACGCCGUGUUUAACGGAAGAUUUCGACGAACUAGUGCGCGCCGUUCGCGAAGAGAUGUCUUUGCCCGAGCACUCCGCGAGAUUCAUCGAGUCUGCGCUCAUCGCGAGAGGUGCAGCCAAGGCGAUGAUGAUGAGAAGAGAGCUCGUCGAUUUGUUGCAUCACGUCUCAGCAAUCGCCGAGGACACCGCCCGGGUCGCGAGAACGCUGAGGACCGAGCACAAGAGCCCAGAUCAAGUUCUGAGCGGCGAUUUAGGUUUAUCUCGAUUAAGUGUCAACUUUGACCCGUCCAGGGAGGCUUUAGAAGCCCUUUCCCGGGCGUCAAAGAUGGACGCGGUGGUGAGCCCGCUUGAGGGCGCCGCGCCGGCGCUCGCUGAGUUGAAGACUUGGAUCGCAAAAAUUAUCAAUGAGCCGGAAAUCACUCUCUUUGCCGCCGGAGACGACGAGCAUACGUCGGCUUUCGUCCCGGAGGGCUUCGCUCUGCGCUCAAUCAUCGCUGCCUACGCUCCGGUGGUGGAGAAAUACUCACGAGCGAUGCUCGAUGAGCUUGCGAAGGGUGUUCACGCGAGCGAUGCCGCCGGCGGCACUCACAAGCACAUUUCCGGCACGAUAUGUUGCAAGACGUGCGAACGAACGUUCGCGAAGAUCUGGGUGAGACAACACACGUGUGUUUCUUGCGAAGAGCGCUCCCGCGAGCUCGGAAGGUGCCCGAUUAAAUCCGAAUGUGAUCCUCGAUUCUUCUGCUCGCACGCUCGGGCGUGCCUUCGGUGUGAGCGGGUGUCCUGCGAGCACUGCGGCGUCGUUCGCGGCGACGCCGAGGACGUCGUCUCUCUCGUCGAAAAUAUCGACGCGCAGUAUGUUUUUCUCGAUUUCGACCGCACGAUUUGCGCCACGAAGGCUGGUUCGAGCCCACUUCCAAAGAACUUCCGCGCGCUCGAUCCCGAAGGCUUGGCUCGGGCGUGCGAGCGAUACGCCUCGGACGCCGACCUCGUGGGGUUGUUACGAUCGCGUUCGAACUGUUUCAUCGUCACCAGGAAUUCUAACGUCGAAGCGAUCGAGUGUUAUCUCAGACAGCACGGCGUGAGCGCGCCGAAAGUCGCGCGAGCGGUCAAGGGUGAGUCCAAGGGUGAGGUGAUAUCGCGCCUGCUCGACUCGGAGGGGCGUGAAAUCGCGCUCGGCCCGAGCGUGUUCGUGGACGACGACGUGCGCGAACUGUUGAGGGAAGACGUUCGAGGGAUGGCGAACAUGCACCGCGUCUUGUUUACUCGCGAGUCCAAGCACGCGCGAGCGUAG